CGUCCACUAGCUUGUCCUCCAUCUGGUGAAUUAUAUCCGGUAAACAGAUAAUGCUUGAUAUAUACUUUAUCAGUUGUACACACCAUAGAUUCACUUGACAGUCGUGCGUUCUUCAGGGAGAACAUGAGAAUCUCAUCCAUAAGACUGUAUGCUGCAUUAUGUGUUGCAGUAGUUGUGAUGGUCACACUAACAAAGAACUACCAAUACAUUCCUUUGCUUUACCGCGCGUGGAUAGUAGAUGAUAUUUAUAGCAUGCACUGUGUAACCAUUGAACAAAAUGUCGGAGAAUGCGAUAUGAAACCGAACCAGCUUCCUUCAGAUCACAAAAUUAAAACGAUGACGUUGGAGGAAUUGGCUGUCAUCUACCACAGAUAUCUUAACAACAUGCAGAUAUUGUGUCCCUACAAACCAGUAUAUGGCGGAAUAAAAAGUGGAUGGCAGUUCUGUAAAAUGUUAAAUACGUCUCUUCCAAGUGCAGUUUAUUUCAUCAGUUUGGAUAGCCACAAGGACACUUCUGAGAAGUUUCUGGAAGACCUAUCUUUGGAAACCCACUAUUGAAACAAGUUUCAUAUCAAGCAGGGUGGUCAUGGAUGCCGUAGAAGGUAAAACGUCUGUGGAUACCAAGGAAUGGUUGCCUAGAAUAAAGGAGCCUAAACAAAAAUCAUUGCUGAUCAACGUAGGGAAGCAGUGGCUGGACAUGGUGUUAUGGUUGUCAUCAAAGAAAAUCCUCAACUACGUCGACCAGUUGAUUUUCAAAGUUGAGGGCAUAGGUAGCUCUUCAUCGCAGUCGGAUUAUGUUAGACAAAUAUCUCUUCUGUCGCAACUCCAUAAAGAAGGUUUCAGAAUUUUUCAUCUCUUAAGGGAUGAAAAGCCUUCAUGUUAUUACAACGUCGAUGGCCAUAGGGUGACUGGUUGCUACAUUGUGUAUAUGAUGCGGUGCAGGAAAUAUUUACCAGCCUUGGUAUUGCCACCACCAAAGGACAUCAAAGAUAUUAAUCCUAUCGAUGCUGCUGGGCUAUAUCACCUCUACGUCUAUUCGGCACAAGUCCUAUGUAAAGACGUUGUCCGUAUUGGGAACAUAGGUGACGGAGGCUGGGAUGUCUGUAACGAUACUGCCUAUAGACCCUCGUCAAACUGCAUCGUUUAUUCGUUCGGGAUAUCGUCGGACUGGACCUUUGACGACGAAGUAUCAAGACGAUAUGGUUGCGAGGUCCACUCAUUUGAUCCAAGCAUUGGAAUGGAUGAUCACAAACACUCAGAAAGGGUUUGGUUUCAUAACCUUGGUCUGCAGGGCUAUGACGGUAUAUACAACAAAUGGAAAGUGAACACGUUCGAAUCCAUCACAAAGAUGCUAUCACAUUCAAAUUUGAUCUUGGAUUACGUCAAAAUGGAUAUUGAAGGGAGCGAAUGGCCUUCACUGAGUCAAAUGAUUGACUCUGGAGUACUUAUAAAGUUCGGCAACUUGCAGUAGAGAUUCAUUUAGAUGGGAAGUACCAUGGAUCAACCUAUUACAUGAGACUACAAAUAUUGUCACAACUUGAAACAAAUGGUUUUCGCUUGUUCUGGACAAAUCCAAAUAAGGGUGAUAUAAAUUUAGGAAACAUACACAGAAAAAGCAUAACUGCGUGUUAUGAAAUGUAUUUCUUGAAUACCAAACUACAGCGGAAGUAAAAACAAAAUUUUUUUUUUUUUUUUUUUUCGCUCUCUUCAACCCUAGAAUAUGUCGUGGCAGAAUGGCCUGUCAUCUACCGGUAAGUGCUAGUUAUGUCCCCUGAAAUAACGUAUUUUUCUACCAAUCAAAUUGCAUAAUCACGGAUACACGGGCUUCCACUUCUAGAUAAGUCAUACUAUAUAUAGAUAUAGUGUGUAGGAAUUUAGAAACAACAGGAAUAGGCGAUCGAGAUAGUAUGCCGGAAGCAAGAUAUGACUUCAUGUAGGACCCAAAUCGUGUAACGUAAUGAAAGCACUUUCGAAUUCGAAAUAAUUUCCCUCUGUAUCGAUACGUACAUUUGAUAGUAAUCCGAGUUUUCUGACGAUAUUGCUAAUUAAUACAAAUUUAAACAUUCUCAGUGUAUAUAUAGAAGUUGCACAACGAGUGGUUUUUGGAUAUGGAAUUAAUUUUACACUCAUAAGGUAUUUUUUCAAAAGUUAUAAUUAAGAGACACAAGCUUUAGCGAGUGCCUUUUGUAACCUUUAAAAAUUAACUUACGACUUUAAAAUAAAUUCCAUAUCCAAAAAUCACGAGUCGUGUGACCUGUUUCUACCGCAAUUACAUCGGCUAGAAUCGAAGGGAAACACGGCCAAGCAUGAUUUCGCGUAUUCAAAUAAGGUAUGCACAUAAAGGUGACAACCGGGACCCGGUGAUGUGACGUCAUUCGAUUAUUGAUGACGUUAAUGACAAUUGAAGUUCAGAUAAAAUUUCGAGUUUUUGACCAAUCAAAAUACCGAAAGGUUAUAUUAUAUUGUGGAAUAUAACGUAUAUCCAACAGUCAGCACAUGUAUACAAUGGCCUGAGAGAGGAAUAACACAACGCAUUGUGGUAGGAAUGAUUUCCUCAAUCAUUUGAAUAUUUCGAUAACGUUGAACAUUAUUUAACGAGUUAUGUGCCACGGGGCCGAUUUUGGGCCGAUUAUAGUACUACGUUGAGUGCCAGUGGGCCGAUUUUAGGCCGAUGCAGGACAGUAAAAAAUGGACAUAUUAUUUUCUUAAUUUAUUUAUUACAGAUUGAUAGGGGAAUAUCUUAACUUCACAUUGAAAUAAAUUUUGACGUCAUUUCUUGAUAAAUGACGUCACUACAGGUAAAUAAUGACGUCAUUAUUGCAAAGCCGUGAACAAGGUCACGACGUUGUUCCAGGGAACGUCAUUUUUACUACAUGGUACAUCAGCGUUUUCGGGUUUUAUUUUCUGGGCAAAACGAUCAUCUGUAUUUUACAUUAAACAGCCGAUUAACAUCUUGGGUGUCUUUUUCUCAAUCAGAUUAUAUUUUAUUUUUCCUAUGAGUUGUAUUUAGUAAUUAGACUAGUUCAACGGACGAAGAUUAUUUCUGUCUCAUAAUAUUGUGUUCAUCAUUACAUAAUUCACGUUAUAUGCCUACAUGUAGAUCGAUGAUCUCGUUGAAAUCAGUUUGUUAUAAACUACCCAGUGUAAAUAUUAUUCAUAUAUUGUCGUUUCAGUAUUUAUAUUUAGGAAGUCAUACAGUAUUUACAAUGUAGAAAACAUAAGAUUUGAUAAAAAAAAAAUUUUCUAAUAACCAAUAAAAAAUCAAUAUUAUGGAAGAGGCCACAAUUUUCCAGAGCGGGCACCAUGCAGAUAAAUCUGCUGGUAGUAUGAAAAUGGUUAGUGGAAACGAUCCCACACAUUGCCUCAAAGCUGAAUUUUAAAAAAGCGUGAUAAAUUGUCUAAGAUAAUGUACAAGAAAACGUGAAUCACUGCAUUUGCUGCAUGUGCAAAGACGAUGUUUAGGAAUUGUGUGAAACUGUACAUUUAUUUACCAUAUAUACAAAGAUGAAGUUUAAGGAUAUACAAAGUUUAUUUUUAAGAAUAUGUGAACCUCUGUACUGUAUAGAUACAUGUGUGUAUGUCUUCUUGUUCCACACAAAGUGUGGCUGAGUGAAAUAAAAUCAUUGAAAUCAU